AUGAAGGAGACUAACAGUAUAUAUCUUGCACUGCUACUCGCGUUGUGUGCAUCAACAAAUGCAGCGCCACCUUUCAAUUCGCAAUCAUCAGCGCAGCUCGGCCUCAUAAACACAACCGCUUCCUUCGCUGCUCUCCCCAACAUUACAAUACCUGAUGGUAGCACGCGCAUAUCCGUUGGCCCAGCCUUCCCACCUGGCCUGAAGCCACCAGGACACGGCAUGUACUACGAGGUGCCCUUUUCGGACCCUCCCGUGAAGCUAAAAUUCCAGUACUGGAAGCUCAAUCCCGACCGCAACGAGACCGAAGUAGGCGAGUGCUUCCAAGAAGCCAUAAGGGAAUGCAGCGACCGGGCGAAACGGUCCACAAAGAUGAUCAAAAGGGGUUGGGAAAGCGGGACGAUUAUCCUCGGAAUUGUGCCGUGGAAACGAGAUCCAGAUCAAGAACAGUACUUGACGUAUGGAACAGUGGUCGAUGUGUUGCUCGGCGCCAACAGUUUCAGACUGUUCUAUCCUCACUUAAAUUUUCUAUUCGAUAUUUACAUCAUUGUGGGUGAACAAGAGGAUGAGGUUUACGUCGGUAACGGGCAAUUAGAUGUCUUCAUAUUAGGUCAACAUACAGCGGAAACGGUAGGAAGCGCGGAUGGCUUAGAAGACAUGUGA